AUGUCGGCCUCACCUUUUAUCGACACAUAUGACGCCCCAAUGUUGGAUUUUGCGAAUGACUUGGAUGUUCAAAUGAACAUGCCAGGCUCAGAUUCCUUUUCACCAGAAGCAAUAAUGGAGCAUGAUAGCCAUAUCCUUGCUACCACUGAAUCCCUUUUUGCAGAUAACGAGAGUGUAGAGGUGGAUAUGGAGUCUUACGAUGGUGUAAACACUGAGUACGAGAUGGCGGAUGAAACAGAACAUUAUUUACAUUAUGGCGACGAAUUAUUGGACGUCGAGGUCCACGACGCCUCUGCCACGCACUCGCCCUCAUUUCCACCCCCCGCCGAUAUCCCUGAUCCAGUACAGGACUUACACGCGGAGACAUCGAUUCACUCCUCUCCAGCUAUAAUGCACCCAUUACCCUCAAUUGAUGGACCUGAAUUUUCCCAUCAUGAUAUUUCGCCAGCGGUGGGUACUUCCUCGAAUGAGGAAGCUACCGUCCAUCUGGACGUCGGGCUUUCUGAUGAGCGGCCAUUAGUUUACGAACAUCACGUUGAUGCCCCAGAAGAGUCGGUUACAGUACAACCGGAAAGCUCAAAGUCGGCAGUGGAUCAUCUCCCUCGAUCCACCGAUGAUAAUCAGCUCGAGGAAAAGAGUAACACUGCCGCAUCUUUGGGUCUCACUCAUGGAGCAGAUGAACAUCAAGGGAGCGCUCGUGAUGAUGGCAGCCUUCCUUCUUCGGUACCAGAGACCCACCUUAUGGCUGCAGUCUCAGGAUCUAGUGACGAACCACAUAACGAAGUCCUAUCCGCGGAACAUGAUUCUGCCCAUAGUAAUGCAACUGAGCUUCAGCAUGAUCAUACGGUGCCAUCAGAAGAUGCUAACGAUCCUCACGAAAUUUCGGAAGGUGUCUACAUUGAUCCGCCACCUGCUGUUUUGCUGUCUAUUAUUUCGGCGGACGAAUCUAAGUAUUGCCUUUUCAACCAACCGUCUUCUGAAUCUGGCCAUCUCAGUCAUGUUGGGUCUCCUGAUGCUGUUCCUGUAGUUGGGCAGGAAACGUUGACGUUGUUACUUCAUCAUCGACCUACACUUUACUACGAGCCUUUGACCAACGUUUUCGAGGCUUUUCGACAAGAAGAUCUGGUUGCCCAGAUUCCCGAUGUUUUGGAGGGAGAAUUAGUCCUCGACGCUUACGACCUACAACUUACUAUUUCUGAGGAUAACGUUUAUGCUCGUGAAGUCACCUUGCAUGACCUGAAUGUUUUACACGAUGGAUCUGACAUUACAGGACCUCUUCGUAUUCAGUUACGAGUUGCUGCGCCAAGGUUUAUUCUCCGUUACCACCUUCUGCAGGAUCAAAUUGCGAGAAUCAAUUUAGCUGCUGAAUCAGCGGACAGUAAUAACAAUCAAGCAGAUCAAGUGUUCGGGGAAGAAAGCCUAAAUGAACACAAUAAUCAAGAAUUGACUGCUAACAAUGUUCAUCAUGAUGACCAGGCAGAAAAGCAUGUCGCAGAACAGAAGGACCUAGGUCCCUCAGAGGCUUCAGAACAUGUCUCGCGAGAAGAGGAGAAUUACGAAGGCAAUCAGACUCUGCUACCUGAAGCUCAAGAAUACGAAGGCUAUGUCCAAGCAGAAGGUGAAGGUGCAGAAUCACUCGAGGAAGAUGGUUUCAGCCCUUCCCCAGCUGGCGAUGAGGAUGCGGAAGGUGAAGAUCUUGAUGCAGAUGCAUUGCACGACGUGGCCGACACGGAUGCUCCUGUGCCUGUUACAGAUGAUCUUGUCAACUAUGACGGAGAGCAUGCUGAGUACCAAGAUCAUGUCCAGUUGGAAGAAUAUGACGAACGCUAUGGUGAGGACCUUCCAGAAGGAGCAGGUGGUGAGCCUCCCGAGGAUUAUAAUCAUGCACCGGAAGAAAGCGCAGCUCUCGAAACAUAUGUCGCUGUUGAUGAGAGGCAGGUUGCUCUUCCAGAGUCUGAUACAUUAAAUGAAGCCGCAGAGGAGUCGGUAUUUGGUGAAAAUGAAUCUUUCCCCCAAGACAAACAGGUAACGCCCAUAAGUUCUGCUGAUGAUCAAGAUUCUAACCAUAAUACUGUUGUUGAUAACCCAGAUUCCAGGAAUCAUGCAACGCAACGAAAACCAGAUGAUGUGAAUGAACCCUCAGAAAAGGAUGGCCCCGUUGCACAAGGCGGCGUAGAUACUUUGGAUAUUUCUUUCCCAACAGUCUCUGAGCAUGGAACCGAAGCUGAUCUUGCCACAGAAUUGAGCACCGAUUAUCCAGAAAUCUCGGGGCAUGUGUACGGCGAAGCUGAUGAUCAGAAUGAGGACUAUGGCGAAGAUUGGGAUUGGAAUCCUGAUGUCCAAGGGGAAUUCCAUGAAGACUGGAUUGAUCCAGAGGCAAUGUCGAACGAAAGUUCAGUUACUCUUUCCAGUAAAGCAUCAGCCAAGAGAGGACACGAUGAAGUUGAUGCAGACGAUUACGACGAAAUCUCCGUCCGACAACCACCUAGUUCACCAGGAUCAAAACGACACCGCGUAGUAUGA